AUGUUUGAAGACGCAUCCAGGUUUCUCGCUCAGUCUCAAUCCCGUCUUAGUUUUGCGCCGACACCGGCAGACGACCGUCGGUCUGGCGAAGGUCGAGCAACAAGAAGACCAAACCAGACUUGGAGAUCAACAACAACUUCCAGGACGCUGAAGCCACGCGUCCCAAAUCCUUACCAGCCGACCUCCUCCCAACUCUCGGCAUUUCCCUUCGCUUCUCGCCUCAACCCACAACAAGCGCCUUUAUUCUACAGCGCUACAGACGAAUUCCGAGAAGAAAAUGACGAGGAGGAGCACGAACGGGAGAUAGCCGAUUACUAUGCCCUCCAGAGAUCGAGACGGCAAUUAGGCGCCAGCGAUCUGCAUGCUUCCGAUGUCGAUGCUGGGAGUGGCUCCAGUCUCAAUGGCGCCAGUAGUCAUGGGGAAGAUUCUCGUGAUCGAGGUCUGGGGCGACCCGGAGGUAUCAGGAGCUCAUGGCAUGGCGGCGCGCCGAACCCGCGACGGAAAGGGACAGACCUAGCGGAUCUUGCAGAAUCAGCAGAGUCGCAGCCCGAGAGUUCCAGCCCAGUAUCGGAGAGGAACCCGAUGGUCGAUGUGGGAUUAGAGGACACUUUGAGGAGCGAAUAUGACGAUGAUCCGCCCGAAGACUUGAUAGAGAACCCCCCUUCGGUCCAACAACUGCGCAAACAAACGCCUAAAGCAGAAGACGAGUACGACUCAGAGGAAUCAGAGCAGGGAAACACGCAGAGACGACUGCUGGGACAUUCGCGGAAUCACUCUGGCGGAACUGAAUCUGUACCGGAUGGCAUCCAGACACCGCAAGUUCAACAACCGAGACAUGACGCUUUCUGGGGUCAGCUUUAUCUGCUUUCGGUUGCUGCCAUGUGUGCAACCUGGUUCCUCGUCUUGCUCCACACACAAUCACCGAGCACCAACCGACCGCUUGGUGAUACCGUUUACACGACCUUGCAUGGAUCCUUUUAUCUGUUGGCGACAUAUACCCUUGUAGCGACCUUCGUUUCAUUGUUUUGGCUUGCGGCCCUCCGAUCAUACGUUCGAUAUCUGGUGUACAGCAUCUUGGUGGCGGUCCCAGUUAUCCUUUACUCUUUCUCUCUCUACCCGCUGAUUUCCAGCUUCCAAGGGUCAUGGCAUGGGUCAAGCAUCCAGGAUACCGUCAUGAGAUGGAGCUCGCUGGUCCCUGCAAUCAUGGCCACUCUGUGGGUUCUGGCGGUCUUGCGAGGACGAUUGGUCAUGCAAAAGGCAAUUUCGAUUCUAGAGUUCUCGACUCGAAUCCUGGCCGCAAAUCCGACGUUAGUACUGGUCGGAUUUGCCGUCCUGGGUUUUAUCGUCAGCUUCACAUGGAUCUGGUUGUCGAUGUUCGCCAGGGUGUUUCUUGGGGGCCACCCGUCGACUCGGUCAACGAUCAGCAAGUUUGUGAUUGACACGUCAACAUGGUGGCUCGGAGUAUACUUUAUUCUUGUGUACCUCUGGACAAUCACCAUCGCGUUUGGCAUGCAGCGUACCAUUACAUCGGCCACGGUAUCGCAGUGGUAUUUCCAUCGAUUGGCAGUACCGGCUCCAACACCUCAAGCCAUCGUGAAAGCUGCAUUUCAACACUCGGCAACGACACUCUUUGGCACCAUAGCACUCUUCACUGGCUUGAGUCUUUUGGUCCGACUACCUCUGAUCCUUCUGCCUCGGCGGUUGACGAUGCUCCUUGGAGUGGCGAUGUACUCAUUCAUCCCUAGUCCGAUUGCGGUUUUGAUAAAUCCACUCACCCUUACCUACGCUGCGAUCCAUUCGCAGCCUCUGGCUGUGAGCGCCCGAGGCCUCUCGCAGAUGCAUUUCUUAGCCCCAAACGACGCCACGACAGCCUUGUACCCAGGUACGUUCAGUCGUCGCCGGAGGAAUGACGGAUGGUCGAGUGAUUCCACACCUCUUCUUCCGUAUCGACUGGCCAAGCUCCUUCUUCAUGCGACGAGAUUUAUCAUGUGUUUAGCGCUGGGCUUCGGUGGGUGGGUCACUACAGCACGGACACUCAAGCUGGACGGGGCGGGGGUUCGCGGCAGCCUCUACGCUUACAUAGUCGGGCUUGUUGCUGGGGCCAUAGGUUGGGGUAUUCUAGGUGCCAUGGAAGGAGUCCUAGCAUGCAUUGUUGACGCAGUGGUGGUAUGCUGGGGCAGCGAAGUCGGCAGCACUGGCACUGGAGAGGUGCGGUAUUGUCGGGAGGCGGGCAAUCUGUUCCGCGACGAUGUGGACAUUAAUGGCGGCCGCAUCAAUCUGGCUUGA